AUGUCUUUGAAAAAACAUGGUUCUAUCGACGCCUGGAGCCAAAUCGCCCAUCCAGACUUUAUCAAAGGUGUUCCAGAAGUAUCUCGUCUUUUGCUUCAAUCAAAAACGCCUUUAGCUUGGUCGGAAAAGGGACUCACUCCCGAACAGACAAUUCAACUGAUGGAUAAAGCUGGUGUAGAAAAAAUAUGUUUAAGAAAUUCUGGGCUUGUAUAA